UCGACUUCUGGAGGAGCCCAAAAUAUGGGAGUCCGCCUAUAUAUACCUCCCUAGCGAAAGAGCGCCCUCUCAAAUCUUAUAAAGCUUCGCUUCAAUUCAUUCCCCUUUAUUUGAUUAUAUUAUUAUUUGUGGUUGGAAUUUGGUGAGGAAAAGAAAAAGAUGUGUCCGACGAGAACGGAGAGCGGCGUACACGGUGAAAGCGCAAGACGGUCCAGCACUUUGCGGUCAGCGUUCGAGGUGCUGGAUGUGGACCGCGACGGUAAGAUCAGCCCCGACGACCUCCGGACGUUCUACAAAAACGACUUUUCGAUGGGAGCGGAAGAUGAUGAGUUGAUAGGAAGUAUGAUCUCUGUGGCGGAUUCAAACAAGGACGGUUUCGUGGAAUACGAGGAGUUCGAGAAGGUUGUGGGGUCUAGGAGGGUGAGCGUGAUGGAGGAUGUGUUUAGGGUGAUGGAUAAAGAUGGAGAUGGCAAGGUUGGGCACCAAGACCUUAAGACUUAUCUGAGUUGGGCAGGUCUUCAAGCCAACGAUGAAGAUGUGAAUGCCAUGAUCAAAUUGGGCGGUGGUGAUGAAAAUGGUGGAGGCGUCACCUUAGAGGGUUUAUGCAAGAUUUUGUGUAUCUAAUCUGAUCUGAUGAGGAGGCCUGAGGCCUGAGGGGAUGGGGAUGGGGAUGGAUACCCCCCUACAACUUUUUCUGUCCUUUUUGUUUUUUAGGUAGCCGUGCAGCAAUGCAAUUCCUGGCAACUUUCCUUGUCUUGUAUCAUGUGCUGAGCUGUAUGACAGCUGCUAUUUUCUUGUCUUUUAUUCAACUCUGUAGAUUCCAUAAUCAAAUCAAUUAAACAU